GUGAUGUACCCUUUCGGGUGCCAUUCAGAAUGGUAUUUAGCUUACGUAGCCGGUGCGUGGCUAGUGCAGUGUUUAGGUUGCAACGCGAUAAGAUAGUAGGACGAAACAUUCUAAUGAUAUUGAUUUGAAAAUGAAAUCUGUUAUCGCAAAACUUUGGUUUUUUCUUGUCGGCACCUAAACGAUAGAUUUAGUGUGAGCGAUACGCGUUGGACAUUUUGAGUGUGCAAGUGAAGGAGAAAAAUUAUUGCGAGAACUGGCAACAUAGAAGAAUACGGAAAUAUUUGGUUGGUUCCUACGAUGCAUGGCCGACGACAAAUGGCAAGUUCCAUUGAACUUGUUGUGUAAUAGGAUUUAGAUAGUAAAACGUGACGAACAGCAAAGAGACUGUUUGGACGUGCGGCAGCACAGUGGACUAGGGAGACUUCCGAGCUCGGCUGUGUCGUUUGGCGUAUGCAUCCGAUUGACUACUGAUCAAGGAAGGCGGUACCAGGUCAGGUCUACAGCAGAUAUCAACAGGCAGCCGAUGCGGCAGGACGGACGAUUUGACCCAGUCUUUGUAGACAGAAACGUCGGCUAUUUUGUCGUAAAUAGUGAACCAUAGUCGAAACUAUUGCGGAGAAAGACAUUUCACUGUGCGUGCGCCACACUGUCCUCAGCUAAGGACGAGUCCUAAUUAGGUUGAAGAUUAGAAAGGCGAUUGAUCAGUGGAAGGAACCGAUCGCGUGCAGCCCUUUCUUUUGACGACUGAUAGUGAUAAGAGGAAGAGGUUCAGUUGUUCGCUUGACCUGUAUACAGAGGGAUCGGGACGAUUGAGUAAUAUUUGCAUACCGAAUUAUCGCCUCUUGAUUGCAGUUCAUUCUUUGUGGUCCGCGAGUUAUAAAUUUAGUGGUUCGAUUCGGACAUUAACUUCGAAUUAGUGAUUUCGCACCCAGGGAUAUAUUGAGCUGCGUUUCAAAUGAUUGCCAAAUAAUCGAUUGCCGUUUAUCUCCAGUGAGAGCCAGUGUAGCGUCGAUAUAAGUGCUAUUUGUGUUUUUUCACAAUAGAAAAUCAAUCACAAGAUUGGCAGUUGAGAAAUCGAUAUAACUGGCGCACGAUUUGAAAUAAGUAAUGGCCGAAACUGUGAAGAUUGUGAAUGGAGAGACAAAAGCUGGUACGAUUGUGAAUGGUUCAGCGAGCAACGGUCAUCUGGCGAAGUUGGUGAAGAAUGGAUCGACACCGGCUAUGGAAGAAGUUCACGACCCACCGGAUGGAGGCGCCCGUGCCUGGCUAGUGAUGUUGGGAGCCUUCUUGUGCAACGGCGUUUUGUUUGGUGUAAUUAACACCUACAGUGUGAUAUAUCUGAGUCUACAGAAACAGCUGCACGAUUUAGGGGAUACGGAAGCUUCCAGUAAAGCGGCUCUCGUUGGCUCCCUCACUAUUGGCACAACCUUCCUGCUGUCGCCGGUGUCCGGCAUCCUUACGGACAAAAUCGGUCUUCGGUUAACGACCCUGAUUGGAGGCGUGCUUACUUGUGGUGGAAUGUUCCUGUCGUCGUUCUUCACUAACAAUGUUUCCGCACUGUAUUUCACCUACGGUAUCAUGUUCGGGCUGGGUGCUGCGCUGGCGUACACACCAUCUCUGGCAAUCUUGGGCCAUUACUUUAAGAAAUAUCUAGGCAUGGUGAACGGAAUCGUAACGGCAGGUUCUAGUGUGUUCACUGCAAUCAUGCCGGUGCUGCUGAACAAGUUGGUGCAGGAAACGGGACUGGCGACAUCAUUCCGUGUUCUAUCUGUGAUAUCAAGCUUUGUGAUAUUUUGCGCGCUGCUGUACAAACCGCUUCAGCCAAUUCAACCACCACCACGGGUGAAACCGGGUCGAUCGCGAUUAAACACCGUCUUGCGAUCAUUCAUCAAUUUUGACAAUUGGAAAAAGAAGAAAUAUAUCAUCUGGGCUCUGUCCAUCCCGAUUGCUCUCUUCGGAUACUUUGUUCCAUAUGUUCAUAUGGGCAAGUUUGUAUUGGACUCGUUUCCUGGGGAGGGUGAAAAUCUGCCGGUCAUGUGCAUCGGAAUUACCUCCGGACUGGGUCGUCUGAUUUUCGGCUUCAUAGCCGACCUUCCAGGAAUAAAUCGAGUGCUACUUCAGCAGAUUGCAUUUGUGCUGAUCGGGACGAUGACAAUGUGUCUUCCAGCGACGGGUUCGUUUACCUUGUUACUAGUAAUAGCAUUGGCUAUGGGUCUCUUCGAUGGAUGCUUCAUCUCGCUGUUGGGACCAAUCGCAUAUGAUCUCUGCGGGCCACGAGGUGCAACGCAAGCCAUCGGAUUUCUGUUGGGUUUGUGCUCGGUACCUCUGACCAUAGGACCACCGGUAGCUGGGAUGCUAUACGAUCACACUGGCUCAUACAAACUGCCUCUCAUUCUGGCGGGUAUUCCUCCUCUUUUUGGUGCAUCCACAAUGUUCUUAAUACGAUGCGUGAAAGAUGAUAACUCGGACGCAGUGCUGAAGGACUCUACGCACCAACCAUUGGCGCAACCAGCCUGGGAUUGCGAAAACGCAGCCGAUGUCAAAACCAAUGGUCACGUGCGAGAAGAACGCCGAGCAACGCUCGCUAGCUCAGAGUCACUUACUGCGGGGAUAAAUUGAAUGUAGGUUCUUUUCUUGAAUGGAUCAUUUGCAGAGUUCAAGGGACACCCAGAAAAGUGUAGUCUGUAUUAGUGUUCAUGUAAUGCAUAAUUCGAGUUGAAUUGAUGAAAAUAUGGAGUGGUGAGAUGGAACCGUAUUAUAACUUAUCAGAAAUAACCAAAUAGAAGGUCUAUGUUAUUGUAGACUAGACAUUUACAUUCGCUGUUUAAGCCGUUUUCCCAUACAUGGGAGCUCAAAAGGAUAAAUUAGCUUAAAUUGACUCAGUAAAUGCAUUUCAAUUUGUUUGAUAUUUAGAACAAGUUAUUGCAGCGAAUAUUUUUAAUAAUGUUGUACAAUAUUUAUGUUUUAGUAAAUACACCACUGUUAAUUGAAUCUUGUAUAUAUUAUGUUAAACAAAUUAGCUAAAAAUUGGAAAUUAUAACACUUGUAUGA